CAAAUUUCAAAUGUUUACCGCUCCCUCCUUUCUUAAUCGGCGCUCCUCCUCCCUUCCGCUUUCUCUCUCUAAAACUUUUGAUUCUUCAUUUUUUAAGACACCUUACAAACCUCUCUCUAACCCAUUGUCUACUUCUCGCUGUGACACUUAGCCUGCAUCAAAAAGGAGCAACAAAAAGAAAAAAUGGCGGAUUUGGAUCACUUGGAUAAGAUGGGAAGGGAGCUAAAAUGCCCCAUUUGCUUGAGCCUUCUAAACUCUGCUGUUUCGCUUACAUGUAAUCAUGUGUUUUGCAAUUUGUGUAUAUCAAAAUACAUGAAAACUGGAUCAAAUUGUCCUGUCUGUAAGGUGCCUUAUCAUCGAAGAGAAAUUCGUCCUGCUCCUCACAUGGAUAACUUGGUGAGCAUCUACAAAAGCAUGGAAGUAGCUUCGGGGGUCAAAAUAUUUGUAACACAAACUGCACAAGCAACUAAAGAAGAGGAGAAACCCAAUAAAUCUAGUUUUGUUUCUGAUGCUCCAAAAGAAACCCAUAAGUCCCAUGGAAAUUCAAAGAAACAGAAAAGGCAAUCUAAGAGAAUUUUGCAAGCCACUGAUGAAUUACCUUCCGAGCCUUCAAACCCAGCAAAGAAAAGAGUACAGGUCUCCUUAUAUCCACCAGGAAGUUCUGAAACUCCAAUUCUAUACAAGAAAAUCUCCAAAUGUGAAAAUAAAGCUGCCAAUAAUGAAGUCGAAGGAAACUCUCCCAUACUCAAAGGAAAAAAACAACUGAUAUCCAAUGGUUCAUAUGAGAAUAAUGGUUCAAUUGUUCCCAAAGAGAAGCCUAUUUUUGAUGAGAAAGGAAACCCGAUAUUUUCACCAUUUUUUUGGUUGAGAGACGAAGAUGAUGAGGAAAAGCCAGUUUCUCAGCAAACAGAGAAUGCUCUGGUCUUGGAGACCCCACCUCAUGGAAAGCCUUCUUUCAGUGACCUUAAGGAUUCUGAUGAUGAUAUAUCUGAUAAAAAGGAAGAACAAGAUGCUAUUUCCAAGGCUGCAGACAUGUUUGAUAGUGAGAUGUUCGAAUGGACUCAAAGGGCCUGCUCUCCUGAACUAUGUCCAACUCCAUCUGAACUGCAGCAACCUCAGAACAAUGGGAUUCAAGACAAAUCUGACUUUUAUGUGACCUGCAACUCUGAUUUUGCUGAAAGUGCAAAUCUUGAUCCAGGAGAUGAAAAGUUAGAUUUGUGUUUGCCUGAUUCUUUGCAUCAACAACCUGAAAAGAGCAAUUCAAAAUUAACAACCACCAAGAGAACUGAAAAUUGCAGUAGCCAACUACAGAAAAAACAUACAAGGGGGUCUUUGAAGCAACCCAAGAAUAACGAGACUAAAGACAAGGCUAAAGACAAUGCAAUUCACCGUGCUGAGGAUGCCAAAACCCCAUUAUUUGGGCAUGGGGGUGAGACAUUGGAUGUGGGUUUGCUUGAUUCUUUGAACCAACAAACUGAAAUUUGUAAUUCAAGAAGAACAAUCACCAAGUUAAAACAAAACUCUGGUGGCAAAGUAGGGAAAUUUUUUACAAGAGGUUCCAAAAGAAUGAGUAAACCUCAACAUGAUGAGAUUAAAGACCCUUCUGUGGAUGUCCAAAACUUGAUCAUUGAGCAAGGGGAUAAGAAAUUGGAUGCUGGUAGGCCUGAUACUUUGCAACAACAAGCUAAAAUUCAAAAUUCAAAAACAACAGUCACUGGAAGAAAAAGAAAAUCAGGUAGCAGAGCAGGGAAACAUUCUAGGGUUGAGUGCACUAGGGUGAAGAAGUCUCAAAAUAACGAGGUUAAUGAUGAGGCUGAAAUUAAUGAGACCCACCCUUCUAAGGAUGCCAAAGAUCCAAUAUUUGAGCAUGGAGAUGAGAAAGUGGAUGCAGCUUUUCCUACUUCUUUGCACCAGGAAAUUUGCGAUUCAAAAAUCACCACAAAGAGAAAUAAGCCUAGUAGUGAAGUAGGGAAUAAAUCUAUAAAAGGGUCCAAAAGACUGAAGACAAUUACAGAGUUUUUUGAUGUUCCUUCUGCUGGGCCCAUGACAAAUGUAGCUGAGAAGACAGUUGAAAUGCCAAAGUAUUCAGUUUCGGUGUUAAAACCAUGCCUUCAUCGGGGGAUUAGCGAUGAUUUCAAGGUCAAUGCUGAAGUUCACUCCACCGAGGAUGUUAUUGAGAUUAUUCAUGACCGAAUCUGUUGUGCUUUCUGCCAAGCUGAUAGCCAUUCACAGGUAUCUGGCAAGAUAUUGCACCAUGUCAAUGGCAAGGCUGUAGAGGCAGAUUACAAGGGAAUGUGUAGUGUCAUCCAUGCUCAUAAGAACUGUGCAGAAUGGGCCCCAAAUGUUUACUUUAUGGAAGAUAUUGCAAUGAACUUAGAAUGUGAGGUUUUGAGAGGGAGAAAGAUCAAAUGCAGUAGCUGUGGGAUCAAAGGGGCCACUCUUGGAUGCUAUGAAAAGAGUUGUCGCAAAAGCUUUCACUUUCCUUGUGCUAAGUCUCUUCCACAGUGUCGAUGGGAUGAGGAAAACUUUGUGAUGCUUUGUCCGGCUCACUCUUCAUCCAAGCUUCCCAAAGAAAUAUCAAAGGCUGAAAGGAACAAAAGAAACAACUCCUCGUCCAAAAUGGACCCUCAACCUCCAUCGAUCAAUCAGUCUGGUAAUGCAUCAAAAUCAGUGUCCAAGAAGCAAUGGCGAUGGUCUUGUGCAUCAUCUAGCAAGUGGGUUCUUUGUGGAUCAGCUCUAAAUAAUGCAGAGAAGGAAGUGGUUUCAAAGUUGGCAAACAUGGCUGGAGUUUCAGUGUUGAAAGCAUGGCAUCCAAACAUCACCCAUGUCAUUGCAUCAACAGAUGAAAAUGGAGCAUGCCGAAGAACACUGAAGGUGCUGAUGGGCAUUAUUGAAGGGAAGUGGAUAGUGAAAAUAGAUUGGAUCAAAGCCUGCUUGAUGGCUAUGCAGCCUGUUAAUGAGGAUUCAUAUGAAAUAAGCCUCGAUAUCCAUGGCAUCCGUGAUGGUCCAUGUAAUGGCAGGCUUCGAGUUUCUGGAAAGAAGCCCAAGUUAUUUAAUGGCUAUGAGUUCUAUUUUUGCGGAGACUUUUUGGCUUCUUACAAGAAGUACUUGCAAGAGAUGGUUACUGCAUCAGCGGGAACUGUGUUACAGAGGAAACCCAUUCUCAAAAAGAGAGAAAACUCCAUAGAAAAUGUCACUCAAACAAAGAAAACUUUCAUAAUUUACAGUCUUGAGCUCCCUGAAAAGUCCAAUUCUGGCCAGAGAGCUCUAAUUAUGGAUCGAAGGAGAGCUGAGGCUCACACAAUUGCAAGUGGAUUAGGUGCCCAAGCUAUAGGUCACUCGUGGAUUUUGGACUCCAUUGCAGCCUGCAAGUUGCAGAAUCUUCAUAGCUAGACUCUCUCUCUCAAAAAUCCUCUAAGCAGACUCUCACACCCUUUAGAAUCCUCUUAGCUAGACUCUCUCUCUCGAUCUCUCGACAUGCAGGGUCUGUUGAUAGCACAGAACCCAUUGAACCUGCAAGUUAUAGAAUCCUCAUAGCUAGACUCUCUCUCCCUGUAUGUAGAAUUCUUUUAGCUAGACCCCCUCUCUCUUUGUAGAAUCCUCUUAGCUAGACUCUCUCUCUCUCUCUCUCUCUGUUAGUCACUAGACAUGUACUGUCUGUUGGUUGCUGGAUAUACACACUCAUGGUAAAUCCUUGGAACAUAUAAUGAUAUUUCAAAGAAGGCAGAGGUAUUUAAAUAACUGAGUUAGUCAAAUGAAAUUCCUAAAGUGACCAGUAUCUAGCUUUGUUCGAUUGCUUUUCCACCAUCCUACUAUUUUUACUUGAAUAUGCAGAGGGAAAUAAUGCAUUUGCUUCAGCAUCAAACCUUUGAUCAAUGUUAAAAUAUAUUACUUGUGCAUUAUCUUUC